CACAACCACAUCGCCGGCAACAAAUGGGGGUACGAGGAAACCGGUUUAUCGCGGCGUCCGGAGACGACGAUGGGGAAAAUGGGUGUCGGAAAUUCGAGAACCAAGAAAAAAAUCACGCAUUUGGCUAGGUUCUUUUUCUUCUCCUGAAAUGGCAGCUAGAGCUUAUGAUGUGGCGGCUUAUUGCCUCAAGGGAUGUAACGCACAGCUUAAUUUUCCUGAUGAAAUAGAGCAAUUACCGCGACCGAUUACUUCCGCAGCCAGAGAUAUUCAGGCAGCAGCAGCAAUGGCAGCAAAUGCGGAAAUUGUGAAGAAAAAGAAUCAUGAAGAUUUUGGUAACGAUGAUUUUUGGGAGGAAAUUGAGCUGCCAGAAUUGAGGGAUGCCGGAAGAUAUCAGUGUUUUUCAUCGGAAAAUAGUAACUUGAAUGGGAAUUAUUAUACCUACUCUGAGGUAUGGCAAUGGAAUUCUUGUGGUGUGAUGUUUCCAAGUGAUAUAUAGGAGUCACUACCCCCCUCCCCCCCCCCCCCCCACUCCCCCCCCCAAAAAAAAGAGAAGGAAUUAUCUAUAAAAUUGGUUGCUAGUCUAUCGCUAAAUGGCAUGUAGUUAAUAAGAUUUUUUGAUAAUUCGUUGCUAACUCAUCGUUAAAUAGAAAUAACAAUGGAUUUUUAUUGUUUAGCGACAUAAGUUAUCAGUGUUGAUUCAUGUAUAUUUUUUAGUGAGUAAUACCUUCAUAGACGAGUGGAAUUGUGUAAUUAUUAAUGUACAAGUUAUUUUGGUAAAAACGAGAGUGAAUAUAUGCAAUAUUACAUAGAUGUUUUUCAGGUUUGGGCUUUAUGCUCAGGUCAUUCGUGUAAAAAGAUUUUUAGAUGACUCUUUCAAGUGAAUGCUAUUAGUUCA